CCACUACCACGAGGGAGGGGGGGGUGUACAGUAGGAAGCCAAGGCCUAGGCUCUGGGCCAGAACAGCACGUAGCCCUUGUUCUGCCGGCCCUAGCCCAUCUUCUGUGGGGUCUCUGCCUUCAGCCCUCAGGGCUCCAAAGUCCCCCACGUGCCCCACAGCUCCCCUAACACCGGGGUUGCACUCGCCCCGCCAGUGGCUCUGGCGGGGAGGGUUCCUGAGGUGUUGAAGGCUGGGGGUAGUGGAGUUUGCCUUCCUCAGGGAACUGGGCUGUCACAUCCGUGUCAACCUGUGCCACCCUCAACAUCUGCCAAGGUCAGACUUGGUGCUCACCAUCCUGGGGGUGGGGCGGGCAGUCAGACAGGUCUGGUUGCAACCUGGGUCUGGAGGGAGGGGUCCUGCCUUGGGCACCUCCCAUGGGGAGGGGUGUUUGGUAUCCACCUGCAGGUAGGCCUACGGAUGGGGUCAGAGCAGGCAGGAAAGUGCCGGCCAGAGGGUGGAGGUGCCAACAGGUAGGAAGGACCACUGGUCCCCUGGGUUCUUAGAGUGGUGGGGAGCCUCCGACUCCGGGUUUGCAGCUGGGAUGCUGGCCACCCAUCCUAAAGCUUGGGCCCUCCCUCAUCUGCCUUUCCCUUGAGUCUCCCAAGGGUUUGCCUAGCUCUCGGGGGUACCUCUAAGCUUUGCUCCCUGUCUCUCUGCAGUCCUUCCUGGCAUCACUCAGGCCCACUCCUGCCUGGGGCAUCUGGGGGCAGCUCAGCAUCCUUUGCGCCCUGUGUCCCGGUUCCUAGUCCCGUCUUGCCCCUCCACCUCCCUACACCCUUCUGUGCUCUACUCCCAGUCUCCUCUCCGGGUCUCCGCGUCCUCUGCUGUCCCUCCAGACCCCUCUCCCCGUAGGUCGGGUCCAGAUGCCCUGUCCUCGGCCACCCUGGCUCCGCCGCCACCGGCCCCCUCAGGGCUCGGGCCCCGGCAGCCCCGGCAGAGGGGAGGAUGAAGACGAGGGCGAGGAGGAGGAAGGGGACGGGAGCCCGGGCCCUAUCCUGCCCCCCGCGUCCCCCGUGGAGUGCCUCAUCUGCGUGUCACCCUUCGACAGCGUGUUCAAGCUGCCCAAGCGCCUGGACUGCGGCCACAUCUUCUGCCUCGAGUGCCUGGCGCGCCUGUCCCUGGCCACUGCGGGUGGCGGCGACGCAGUGGCCUGCCCGGUGUGCCGCGCGCCCACGCGCCUGGCCCCGCGCCGCGGGCUGCCCGCGCUCCCCACGCAGCUCGCCCUGCUGCCCGGCGCCCCGCUGCCAGGCCAGGGCGCCGUGCGCUUCGACCGCCGGCGCGGCCUGCUCUACCUGAGGCCGCCGUCCGCGCCCGGGCCGCGCAAGGCCCGCCCGCCGCCGCCGCCGCCGCCGCCGCCGCUGCGCCUCGGCCGCCCGCUGUCCCGCCGCCUGACGCUGCGCAGCUCGGCCUGGGUCUUCCACGCGGCCGUCGCCCUGGCCGUGCUGGUGGCCGCGGGCCUCGUGGUCUCGGGCGUCUACAUCUUCUUCCUCAUCCCGCGCGCCGCCGCCUCGAGCUCCGCGCGGCCCCAGCUCGUGGCGCUCGCGCCGGCGCCCAGCUUCUGGCUCCCGCCUCGGCCCACGCCCGCCGCGCCCUGGACCCCCGCCUGGACGCCGCGCCCCGCGCGCCCUGAGCCGGACGCCGAGCCGCCAGAGGCUGCGGAGGACGCGCUGCAGCCCGAGGGGUUUCCCGAGGAGACGCCGGCUGGGCCCUCGGACCGCGGACCAGCCGCAGAGACGCCCAGAACCACAUCGAGCAGGGGCCCUGCUCGGAGCAUCCCCAUCCCUGCUCCUCCUGACGGUCCUCCUGAGUGCACUCCGGUUCAGAGCCUCAAGAACGUUCCUCCUCGGCCGGACCAGGGCUGA